CCUGCCGCUGCUCAAACGUGGAGGGAAGGACACGGAGAGGGACGCUCGGCUCCUGACUGCGCGGGGUUAUUGUUAGUCGCGAAAUUUACGGCUCUGUCGACAUAUUUAGUGUAUUUCAACCUCAGAGCUAUCCGAAAGGGUGGGACUGUGUGUUUCUUCUUCAACGACAGAGCCGGCGGUUGGAAGGUUAUCCCAGUGUGAGAGAAAGUGACCAAUCAAGAAGUGUGUGGGCCCCUGGACUUUGUAAGCAGCAACGUCAGCGUCCACAAUUUCUUUUUUUUUUUUUUUUUUUUUGGAGGGGGGGGGAAUGAAACCGGAUGGGGAUACCAUGGAGACCACGGAGCCCACUGAAGAUGCAGCAGUAGCAGAGCCCUCCUCAUUGCAGGACAACACAACCGAGGAAGCCCCAUCGCAACCAGAGGAAGCGGCAGCCCCAUCGCAACCAGAGGAAGCGGCCAUUGAUGUAGCCCCUGAGACCAUUCCCAAGGGCAAUGGCAAGCCAGUGGCAGCAGACUCCAAAGUCAAACCAAAAAGUGUUUCAACUAAAACACAGCCCGCAGCCAAAUCUGCAGGACCCUCUGGAUCAAGGCCGGGUACUUCCUCGCACCGCACUGUGAACGACGUCAAGUCCUCUGCGAAUGUCUCUGCAGCUGCAGCCAAGAAAACGGCAACUACAACAAAAGCAGCAUCAGCAGCGGGGGGCGUACCGAAACGACCUGUGGGGGCAGCAGCUUCCUCCAUGGUCAAGACCCUAUCUAAAGCCCCAGACAAGAAGCCUGUAGGACCAGCUAGGACUACCUCUGCUGCUGCGUCCACAGCAACAAAUGGCACCAAACCAACCACCGUGAAUGGCAUUCCUAAGAAGAAACCAGUAGCUGAGACUGUAGCGAGACCCAAGACCACAGCUCUUGCCAGCAGAGCAGCAGCCUCCACUGCCUCAAAACCCAGCACUUCAACCACGUCAAAAGCUGUUGGUGCAACAACAAAACCAGUCACCUCGGCAGUUUCAAAGACAACAAGGCCGACUACAGCUCCCUCAACAUCUCAACCUGCAUCCACCACAUCCAGGCCCACAACAGCUGCACUGAAGCCCUCCACCACCACUGCAGCUGCCAGAACUGCUGCCUCUAGAGUCAAAACAGCCCCCCCUACUGGCAGGACCACCGCAGCACAGCCUCCCAGGAUUGUAGCUGCUAAGAAAGAUGUCAGUCGCCCAACUUCUGCUCCAGUCGCAAAUAAACCUCUAGCAGCUACGACAGCCGCUGAUGCCAAGAAAAACCCUCGACCCACAGCCCCCGUAAAGCUCAACACUGCCUCCAAAUGUUCCACAACAACCAAGGCAGCAGACCCCAAGGUGUCACAGACCAAAGCUCCUACAAAAUCUACUCUCACCAAGAAACCUGUAGCUUCUGUUCUGUCCCUGGCCCAAAACAAACAGCCUUUUGGACGAUCCCCACCUGCGUCUCCAGCCAACAGACCUAUACACAGCAGCACUCCUCAGGCAAAACGCCGAACCAAACCCACUCAGGCUGUCCUUCCUUUCACUGCCACAAAGAAGGCCGGUGCUUCCAUUAUUCUCAAAGCUGCUGCCGGAGCACAGAGGGCUGCUGGUGGUGCAGGAGCAGCAGUGGCUGUACCUCCAGAAACACAAACGGAGGUUACAGAAUCUUUCCCACAAGAUUCAUCCCUUACUGCCUCUGCACCAGCGGAGGAGGAGACAGAGGAGACUCCCCCUGUCUUGGCCCAGAGUACCACACUGGAUGUGGUGCCACAAGAGACUGCUGUGAGACAGGAAGCUGCUUCCUCUCCUCCACAAAGCCCCGUCCGCACAGCCUUACCACAAACAUCCACACCUCUGAUGGAGACCGAGAGUAGUGCUUUAUUACCAACAACGCAGGAACAGACCCCUGCCCCAGCCGAGCCUGCAUUACCACCAGUGGCCUGUCCCCCAGAUUACACUGAGGAGCCUGGUUACCAAACCCCCUCCAUGUCUAAAGCCCUCCCAGCAGCAGCAGCAGCAAAUUCCCUCUCUCUGAAAGUUCCUCCCACCAAUCUAAAUGAGGAAGAGGAUGAUGAUGAGGAGGAGGAGAGGGAGGGGAGCCAGCUGGUUUCUGUGUCUGAGAUGAGUGGAACCACGCAGCCCACAGAGGAGUCUCGUCCCGGCUCGGCAGGACCCGUCGGAGGGUCUGCCUGGAGGGCCGGCGGCGCCCUGUUUUCUGAGCUGGACUCUGAGGAGGUGAGCGGCAGCCAGCAGGGGGCGUCGGAGCUGAGCGCCCCCGGGGUUCUGGAGGGCACCGAGAGCAUGGACGACCUGGGGGACGGCAGUCUGAAGGGAGCCAUCGACAUGGAAGGGGCCUCAGCGGGGUCACCUGACUUUGAGAAGGUCCCCGACAUACCGGCUAAUGACUUCGAUGAGGACGAUGACUUUGACGACGACCGGGUGUGUGACAUGGACGUGGGCUCGGAGCGGGCCGACGAGCCGCUGAGACUCCGGCAUGAUAACGACGCGAAUGAUGAAGAAGAAGAAGAAGAGGAGGAGGACGAAGAUGUGGAAAUGGCAAGUGAGGGCGUGACAGAGAGCGGGCUGGAAAGCUAUGGGAAUGCGGAUGAAGAUGACUUUGCUGAAGAUGAAAGGCUGGACAACCUGAACAGAGUGGCCGAGGCCCCGCCUCCCCCUCCUCAGCUCCCCUCCGCCCCCGCUGCUCAGUGGGAACAACCAAACCCCUUCGUUGAUCCCUGGCAUGCAGACCCUGAGCAUCAGCAGCUCCUGGUGGCGGUCUCCCAGCCAGAACAGGAAGCAGGAGUGGCAGGAGCGAGCCCCUCAGCUGACCCCUGGCAUGCAGACUCUGAGACCCCGACUCAGGCCUCAGCUUGGUUGGAACUCGGCUCUGCUCCUUUGGUUCCUGAAAACCAAGAAGCUCCCCAUCAGUCCUCCGUCAAAGAUGAGCCACAAGAUCUAGCUCCAAUGCAGACCCUGGCCCCGGCUCUUCUCUCUGCACCCCCCAUGUCUCUGUCAAGCACCCUGAGCAGUGAGACCAGCACCCCCGAGGAGCUCUGCGACUACAAUCGAGAUGGGAAGGCUCAAGAUGUGCAAGCACCGGCGCUCUCCCCACAGCCUGAGCUAGACCACGAGGAAGCCGAGGCCAAGACGCUGCCCGCUGACGAAGUGCUGGGAGGCCCUGCAACUUCCCCCACCUCCAACCCCUCCUCCACCUCGGUAACAGAAGACGAGGCCAGCGACACGGAGGGAGAGGCUCAGUUGGAUGAUUCCUUGGAUACGACGCUGGUCGGCCACAUCACCUUCGACAGCCAAUCUCCAUCCCAGCGCUGCCUGUCCACCGUGGAAGAGGGAGAGGAGGCGGACACGGUGGAGGCUCGUGCAGGUGAAGACACCAUGACCACAGCUUCCAACUCCAACACCCAGUCCACAGGGGAGAGCUGCGUCAGGAGCCCCGGCAUCUUCUUCCUGGAGGAGCUGCCCGAGGAGGCCAAGGAGCCGUGUCUGAUCCCGCAACCUCACACGCCGCCAUGCCUCGCAGAGCAUCAGUACAUCGAUUGUGGGAAGCAGGAAUCAGAUUCUGCUGAGCCCGCUGAGAACACCAGCGGGGUUGUGCCGGGGCCCGAGGAAGCCCCGGACCCUUCGUCUGCCCAGAGCACUUUGCAGCAAGCCGAAGAAAACCCAGAGGACGUCCAGCCGUUCUACUUUUCUGCAAUCUGUGAAAACACUGAGAACUCUUUUGCAGGCUUCGCUGCACUACCGCAGCCUCACCGCCGCGAUCACUCGGCCUACCCCAGGACCUACUGCGACCUCGUCAAACCUCUGGUGGCCGCCCCCCCGCCCAAACUGACCUGCGCUGACCUCCCCCCCAGGAACAUGGGCCAGAAGGCGCUGAGCCCCCAGCUGCGCAGGCUGGAGCAGCACCAGAGGCAGCUGCUGGAGAUGCAGCUGCGCCGGGACCAGCAGAGCAGACCGCUGGAGGAGGCGGAGCAGGAGAGGAAGACCAGGGAGGAGGAGGAGGCCAGGAAGAAGAAGGAUGAAGCCGAAGAAGAGAUAAAGAGGAAUAAGGAGGAGCUGGAGAGGAAGACGCAGGAGCAGGCGGAGGUGGCGAAGAAGAAGGAGGAGGAAGAGGAGAAACGGAGGAGAGAGCUGGAGCUGCAGCAGCAACAGCAGGAGCUGAAGGAGCGGCAUCAGAUCAUGCAGUGGCAACAAGAGCUGCAGCAGGCUAACAAGGAGCAGGCGGAGCUGCUGUUGGCCUCCUCCGUCCUCUGCACCAUCUACGAAGCGCUGGAGAACAGUGAUGGUGAGGAAGAGCUCAACCCCACUAAAGAGAACGAGCCCAGAGAGGAGACACCAAACGGAGACCUGAUCGGCGAUGAGCGUGGAGACUCCUCUCCGUCCACAGAGAGCCCCCCUCCUCUGCGAGACUCCCCGCAGACAUCCAGCGACCCCUCCCAGGACGGAGACAGCUCCUCCCCCUGUCCCCCCGAGUCUCCAGAGAGACCUCCCCCCCUGGAGCUGGACUGGGGGAAGAAGGUGGACAUCGUGCAGCAGCUGAUCAAUCAGACGCUGCUGCUGAACAGAGGCGGCUGCUCCUCGCUGCUGCUGCUGCCGCGGGGGGCGGGGGGCACGCUGAGCCCCCUUGAGAGCAGCCUGUGGCCCAGCCUGCUGCCCCCCCUCACCCCUCCCUCGGCCACUGUCACCUCCGUCAGUAGUUUCUCCCCAGAGGCCACUGGGAGCUCCCCUCAGGGGGAGUGGACAGUGGUGGAGCUGGAGACUCAUCACUGAGGGACAAUUACAGUACACACUGUUAAACAUUAAGGACAGACAUACAGGGAAGAUGGCGCAAGUAUUUUUACACACACACACUCUCUCAAGACUGGCAUACAUAUGUGUAUGCAGAGCAGCACACAUUUACUCUACUGUUGCUGUAAACACAAUUAAGGUUCACUUAAGGAGAACGGAUGAAAUACAGCUUGAAGUAAAUAUAAGGGCUGGACAAUGGAGGGGGGGGGAGGCAAUAACUUGAUAAGCAGCACCAUUUAAAGAACGAUAAACUCGAUUUAAAAAAUCACUUUGUUGAUGUCCAUCACAUUGAACUCAAUGGUCAAGAUUGUAAGAAGUCAUUUCCAAGUAUUUAAUAAAGAUAACCUCAGAGAAAUUGAUAAACAUCAUUGUUAGAAUGAAAAAGGACAAAACAAACUGCCCAUCAGGAAGACCCAGUAACUUGUGCUAUUGAUCAGUGGUUCCAAACUAACAGUGAAUCACUAAAUAGAAAGCAUGUUUCUAGUACACAAUGUGUAUUUCCUUCAAGCUUUUAUUUUCUUGUUGCUUCCUUUCAAAACGACCAAAUGAAUCUAAGUAUUAGAAGGAAUAAUCACUCGACAACCUGUAGACAGGUGCAACUUGUGACUCGUAGACUGAUCUUCUCUUUGAAAGGGCAAAAAAGGUUGGGUCACUCAAUGGUCAGGGUUUUCUAACCCUACUGAAAACACAAGCACAAACAAAACAGACACUAAUGAUCGGUGGUGCUGCAGUUCUUGUUUGCUGUUUCUCCAGCAAGUAUGCAUUGAUGUAAACAAAAGGUUAACAACUAUUUUGCUCUGGUUCUAGACUCUCUGGUAGUCCUCGGGAUAAGUUAAAGAUUAAAUUAUCAAAUCAGUAAAGACGGUCCAAUUUGUGGACUCCCCUAUGCACCACAUUUUUUAUGGAAAAUUUAUUCAGUUGGUUAACACGCAUUAACUCACAGAAACAUCUAAAUGCUUUUUUUUAAGCCUUUUCUAAAAUGUUAGGAUUUUCAAAACAUUACCAACCCUUUGUGUCCAUGGUUUAAAGUGUUGAGUCAGAUAUUUCUUGACUUUAGACAGACUGCAGGCACCACUUUUUAUUGAACACUGAUGAAUGACAUUGUUUAAUACAUUUUGCUUAAACAAAGAAAACUGUUUGUAUUUCGUUAAUCGCCUUAUUCUAGACGCAAUGAUAAGCAGACACAGGCCUAGUUUCAAUUUGUUUAUAAAUCAGCAUUUUAAGUUAUUUUAACCAAAACAUACGACAGAAAUGCCAAGUACAGGACCUCAGAGUCCUCGGUGUAAGCUAGGACGGGUCUCUACUCUGGGGGAAAGUCUCUGAUUCUGCCAGUGAAGAACCUGCGUCUCCGCUCACGUAGACAAACACGAGACUGCACUGAAACUCAGCACCUCUCUCCUCACACUCGAUACCCUACACCACUGAGAACACAAACUAAACACUGGCUAUAAAAUUACAUUUCAAUCCUGUAAACACUCACCUGAAACCAUGUGACUACUGACGGGACGCAUGAUGCGUCACUGGAACGAGACACUUUUCAUUAUGCGAAAUCCCUCCACACACACGCGCGGUGCCAAACAGCCACUAUCAAUGGAAGGUACAUUGACGGAUAGGUGUGGUUGUUUCACUUUGCGUUGCUCACCCGCAGCCAUUUUGAAUUAAAGCCGUAACUUAUCACCUUAUUUUCCUAUGAGAAUAGCCACUGGAGAUGUCUUGCUAAUGAAAAGUGAUAAAAGAACACUCAUUCCAAGAUUUGCACUUGUUCAAAUAGUCUUGUUUUUGUAUCAAUUUUAUAAUGUUGAUAAUACAGGCUUGGAUACUUUGGCUGGUUAGUCAAACUUAAUUUGGUAUAAUGUAUUUGAUGUCAAAUAAAUGUUAAGACCUUACAGUUCUUCACCAAAGGUCAGUGUGACUAGUAGGCCUAUGCAUUUCCUUAUGAAACACUGGAGUCAGGCACCGAUGAGGCUUUACUUAUGUUCCUGUAUUUGUGUCGAGAGAUGAAGUUUGUUUUAUAUAAUAACUGCUGAGAGAUGCCUUUUUAUGGUUUCUGUUCUGGAGCCACUGUCAUAUGUUUUGUCUCCGUUAUUUUCUCAUGCUCACGUUUAAAAUGAUGUUUCCGUCACAGACUACUGACAGAUGAUAGCCGGUCAUAACGCCUUCUAUUUUGCAUUAGAGGACAACGAUUUACUUUGGGUAAAACCAAUUCUGCUGUAAAGGUCAGGGGUCACUUUAUUGUGUGAGAUCAGGAAGGCUAUUCAAAGGGUUCAAUAUCAGGUCAUUUGAAGUAUUAACUAUAUUGUUGUCACUGUGAUGCGCGAUGGUCUGGAAUUGUGACCUAAAUGUUCAUAUCUGUGCUCUGUCGAUGUGAACCUGUUGUCUCGAUACUGUGUGUUUGUCAGUCAGUCACUGUAAAAUCUUUUUAUUUGAAUCAGAUUUUUGUUUUAUAACUAAGCAGUGAACUUUAAACGUAUUGGCUCUUUAGAAGGAUGAUUGCUCGCUCCCAUUAUUGAUAUUGGCAAAGAAAAUGGUCGUCUUCAUCUCCCACUCUCUUAUGAAAGCCCAUGUGUAGCAGCUGAGAAGCGAGCAGGUGUUUCUGCUCAUGUAUGUUCGCUCUCCCGUCCUCACGGUAAGACGCAUUGUGCUCGCUGCAUUUUUGACAAAGCUGGACUUUAAAAACAUGCUUUUCUUAAACAUGUCUGUGUUGUGUUUUUGUAAGCAUCUAUGUGUAUAUUGUUUUAAAGACUGCUCACUGUAAUGAAGGGAAACUCCACUUUACUUUUGUACUUUAGAGAUUUAGAAGAAUAGUAAGAGUCCUAUAUAGAUUUUUAUUGAAUAGAGAAUGAAGGAUGUGGGUUGUAAAUGUUAGAUUUUAUUCUUUUUUGGAAGUAAAUGACCUUUAUGUCCAGUAAACAGAACUGAUGAGCCGAAUGAUGACGAGGUUAAACUGAAGACUCAAUUAGCGGCUCAAAAAUAUGAAAUCUCACAUUUAAGAUAUUAAUUUAUUAAAGAUGAAGUUGGAACUAAUUCAAAUGGCUUGCAGAACUAUUGAUAUUUAGUAAAUGGGCGCUCCAACUUGUGAAGCCCGAACCAUGGCAGCUUGUUUAAAAACUGUGAUUGUGUGUAAUUACUUCAAUGCAAUGUUUCAUGUAAAUAAAAUGUUUUUUUUAAA